AUGCAGCCUGUGUCUGACUUGACUUGCACUCACGUGUUCUUUCUGAAUACACGUUCUCUCUCUCUGGCCGACUGGUCUUCCCUCUGUCUCGGUCUUACGGGAUCUUGGGAACCGGAGGUUAUUGGUGGCUUCCUUGACAAGUCUUCGGAGCUCUGGCGCAAUCCUAAGCGUGAGCCUCUGGACAGCCUGCGCCGCAAGAUUGUACACUUUGAGGAGUUAUGGGAACCCUUCGAAAGUGGCCUCACUCUGGAUCAGCAGUGCACAGAGGCUCCCAAGGAGAAGGAGGAAGAGGCCGAACCGGAGGGUCCGACUCUGCCCCCGUUUAUGUGUCCCUAA